GAUAAGUCGAAAUUUCCAAGCAUCAUCGUACUUCCCAACAAAAUUUGUCUUCAAUGAAAGUCGAAAUUUCAACUUCAUCCCCUUCUUGUUCUUCAAUUAAUCUUUGUCACAAUUGUUCCAUUGUUUUUCCUCAUGUACUUUUCUCAGUUGAUCAAGUGCUUUCUACUGUUCGCCAUCUUAGUUUCCUGUCUCAUUGAAGUAAGAUGUCUUACUUUUACAUACCCAAAAUUCCAACCCGAGAACGAAACUGAUCUCAUUCGACACAACUCGUAUAUAGUUCUCAAUGCAAUUCAAGUCACCCCUGAUGUUAGUGGAGGUUCCAUCACCAAUCUGUCUGGACGAGCCUUCUACAAAGAGCCAUUCAAGCUAUGGGGCAAAAGAAAGCAUGGGGGUCGUAUCAGAUCAUCUUUCAAUUCCACCUUUGUACUUAAUAUCAGUCCUCGAAGUUUUCCAGGUGGAGAAGGCGUAGCAUUUGUCUUAGCAGCAGAUUCUAAUCUCCCAGAAAACAGCCAAGGGCAGUGGCUUGGGAUUGUAAACGCAAAUACCAAUGGGAAUCCUCAGGCCGAGAUAGUUGCAGUAGAAUUUGACACAAGGAAGAGCUAUCCAGGAGAUGUCGACGGUAACCAUGUCGGCUUGGACGUGAACAGUAUCUACUCGAUUAAACAAGUUCCUUUAGGUAGCUUUGGUAUUAAUCUUUCAGCAGGCGUUGAUGUAAAGGUAAGGAUUCAAUAUGAAGGUGAAGAGUUGGCUGUUUUCGUCGGAGAAGAUGCAAGGAGUCCUGUGUUUUCUGAGCCUAUUGAUCUAUCUGCCUAUCUUCCAACGGAGGUUUUUGUGGGAUUUUCAGCUUCAACAAGCAAUUACACAGAGCUGAAUUGUGUGAGAUCCUGGGAAUUCUACAGUUCACAUGUGAAUGAGGAUCAUAGUCUGUUGUGGGUUAAAAUUGUGGUUCCUAUAGUGGCAGCUUUGUUGAUUGGUAUUGGCUUUUUCUCUUGUUGGAAAUGGAAAAAAUCCAGAAAUUAUCAACCAAACGAUGCCUAUCCAAACAUAGAAGAAGAGAUAAAAGGAUCAUCAAUGGCCCCUGUGAAGUUCACAUUUAAAGAACUUCGACAAGCUACAGGCAAAUUCAAUUUGCAGAACAUGCUUGGCAAAGGUGGUUUCGGAACUGUCUACAAGGGAAUCUUGAAAAACAAGGAGGUAGCUGUGAAGAGAAUCUCUAGAGAGUCAAGUCAAGGCAAGCAAGAAUUCAUAGCAGAAGUCACAACAAUUGGCAACUUCCAUCACAAGAACCUCGUAAAAUUAAUCGGAUGGUGCUACGAGAGAAGUGAAUUCCUCCUUGUUUACGAGUACAUGCCAAAUGGUAGCUUUGACAAGCUCAUUUUCAGCGACGAAAACACAGAACUACAAGAAAAUGAAUUGAAUUGGGGAAGAAGGCUCACUGUAAUUUCUGGUGUGGCUCAGGCAUUGGAUUAUCUGCACAAUGGAUGUGAGAAAAGGGUACUUCACCGAGACAUAAAAGCCAGCAAUAUAAUGUUGGAUGCAGAGUUCAAUGCCAAGCUUGGAGAUUUCGGGCUGGCUCGGAUAGUAAAACAAAGAGAACAAACACAUCAUUCGACGAAAGAUCUUGCAGGAACACUUGGUUAUAUGGCUCCAGAGUGUUUUUUCACCAGAAGGGCAACAGCUGAAACAGAUGUUUAUGCAUUUGGUGUACUUGUUUUGGAGGUUGCUUGUGGAAGGAAGACUGGGAACCAAAAUGAGAAGAGUGAUUACAACAGCAGAAUUGUCAGUUGGGUGUGGGAGCUGCACAGGAUUGGAAGAUUGCUUGAUGCAGUUGAUCAGAAGUUGAAUGGGGAAUUUUCAGAGGAAGAAAUGGAGUGUGUGCUUAUUCUGGGAUUGGCUUGCUGCAAGCCGAAUCCAGAACAAAGGCCUUCCAUGAAAAUUGUAUUGCAGGUUCUGACAGGAGAAGUUCAUGUACCUGAGGUGCCAGCUGAAAUGCCUGCUUUUGUGUGGCCAACAAUGGCUGCACAUGUAAAACAGUCGGAUUGCUCUCUCAUUGGAAGCCAGCUUACUCCAUUUUCAGAAGUUAGUGGGAGAUGAGCAGAAUUUGCCCGGGAGUAAUCAAGGGUACUGGCUUCUUACAAUACAUGUGAUGCCUGAUAUAAUAAUUGGCUAUCAUUUUUGUUUUGGUUUGCUUUUCUGCAUGCCUGAUCUACGUUGCUUAUGUAUCAAAGCCAUCACAUUUAUUUCAUUUUUUUAUUGUGUUGAUUGAAUCGAAAUUUCAAAACUUUUUACAACAAUAUAUAUAUAUAGUCUGCAGUAAAUGUCACACCUUAAAAUUCUAGUGUUCGUCUAGUUAUCUUAGAAACGAAGGUUUUGUGAGAAUUCAAAAUAUGCAAGAAAAUGUUAAAAGAAAAGUAAAAGAGUUACAUAAGGGAUCAAUUUCAUCUUGUUACUUGACUUCAAUCGGAAUUCAACAUGUUAUCGGGGAUACUGUUCUCGUUGACGUCGUUCGAGUGAAUAGAGCAGUCAUGUAGCUACUCAGCUUCUGGCUGUGUCACCCUACACAGCCAUGUUUGGGACAGCCACGUUAGUCGCCGGAAAUCUACUUUUUCUGGUGAUUUGGGACUUCCUAUUUUGUACAAGACAAUUCUAUUGGGUUUGCAAGCCUUUUACUGUUCUGAGGGUCUCUAUUGUAUUUUUGGAGACCUAGCGGGUGAGAAUUUGUAAUAUAA